AUUCCCCGAGAGUAACCAACAAAAAGCGAUCAAAGAACUUUUCCCGUUAGAGAGAGAGACGAAGAAGAAGAAGAAAAGUUACGCAGAGAGACUGAUAGAAGAGUGACCGAUCGGAGAAAGAUGGCGAUGGAAGUAGCAACACCGGCUCCGGCACCAAUCCCAUCGGAGAGGAACAUCGUUCUCGCGCCUGCAACAACAACAACCACCGCCACUGUUGAGACUCACAAGAAGAACAGGAUCCAAGUCUCCAACACCAAGAAACCAUUGUUCUUCUACGUUAACCUCGCCAAGAGGUACAUUCAGCAACACAACGAGGUCGAGCUUUCUGCACUUGGAAUGGCAAUCACUACUGUGGUAACAAUCUCUGAGAUCUUGAAGAACAAUGGACUUGCAACAGAGAAGAAGGUGUUAACAUCUACUGUGGGAAUGAAAGAUGAGACCAAAGGCAGGAUGGUUCAGAAGGCAAAGAUUGAGAUAGUGUUGGGCAAGUCAGACAAGUUUGACUCUUUGGUGCCACCAGUUACUAACGGCAAGACCCCGGAGGAGGAAGCUAGUGCAGAGACGGAGGCUUCUGUGGAAGCACAAGAAGAAGUUGGCGCAGCCACCGAGGUCUAGGUUGGAGCCGGUUGAGAGAUACACUACAGAAGAAGGAUCGAUUUCUCUUUUACUAUGUUUUGUUGGUUUUUGUUUCGUUUGUGACAUAUCGAACAUAAUACUCUAGAUAUGAUAGUAAUUGUUUGUUUAGCAUGAAAAUAGUAUUCUUCACUUUCUGCUUCCAUUUAGGAUCUUGAACAAUAUUGAUAUGAAUAUUUUACUGUGAUUUUUUCUCAACUUUUCCAGACUUCAUUCCUUUUUAGCAUUUUUCAAACAGUUUGUGUAGAGAUAAAACAAAUAUAAUGUUUUCGAUUUA